AUGUGGGAGCCGCGGGGCGCGGCGGUGAGGGCGGCGGCGGCGGCCCUGCUGCUCGGGGCCGGCGCCUGCUACUGCCUGUGGCGGCUGGCGGCGGGCGGGCGGCGGGGGCGGCGAGCAGCGGCCGAGCGGGGCCCGCCGGCAGACAGCAGUCCUCCAGUGUCAACCCAUACCAUGGAUGUGGAUGCUCUACAGAAACUUAUUCAUUUGCUCCAGGCCACAGAUGAUCCAUUAAUUCAAGAGCAAGCUUUAAUCACUCUCAGCAACAGUGCUGCCUUCUCUGUAAAUCAAGAUAUAAUCCGAAAUUUGGAUGGUCUUUCUGUUAUUGGAGGGAUGCUCUCCAACUGCGUUCCCAAAGUUAAAGAAAAAGCACUGAAUGCACUUAAUAACUUGAGUAUGAAUAUUAAAAAUCAGGAAGAGAUACAGGUAUUUAUUACACAAGUUUGUGGGACUGUUGAGUCAGCUCCCCUGAACUCUGAUGUGCAGCUAGCUGGACUCAGGCUGUUGACAAAUAUGUCUGUUACCAAUGACUACCACCAAAAGAUGAUAAACUCCAUUCCAUGCUUUCUUCAUUUGCUUUCAGAAGGAACUGAAAGGACACAGAUUCAAGUUUUGAAAGUACUUGUGAACUUAUCUGCAAACCCAGCCAUGACAAGACAUCUUCUCAGAGCUCAAGUGCCAUCAUUGGUGUCACUUUUUGACAACUGUGUAAACAGAGAUAUUCUGGUUCGAGCCCUGGCGUUUGCAGCCAACUUGAAAAAGAACAUGAAGGAUGAAGAAGGCACCAAGAUUGAGGAAUACAGUGAAGACUCCAUUUUCUUCACACUCUGCAGGGACUCUGCCCCAUUUGCUCAGAGACUGGCAUCUUUGCUGCAUCACCCUGACACAGAAGUGAAAGAACAAGUUGUGAGAAUAUUAACACAAUAGUGUUGUUUUCUUAUACAGACUGACCUGGUGAAAAUAUCUAAUCUUGGCAAUGCUAGGCUAAGAAAGCCUGCAGCAAGUAAACAAUACAACAAUGAUGGAAUAAAAAAAAGCCCUAAAUACUAUCAGAUAUUUUUUACAAGCAAGAGAAAAGCAACAGCUUAAUUAUUACUGAUAAACCACUGCACAGUUGCUACAUUUAUGCAAUGGAGGCAAACAGUUUAAAACAUGAAAACAUUUAUAUAUAAAAUGAAUGAGUGAAGUGAAUGAAAGUAUCCCUUGCAAUGUCAAAGACCUUUUUUUUU